GACCUGGUCAGAUGUCCUUAUCACUACCAAUUUGACAAAUAUGCAGCCCAUGAAAGUUGCCUCUCUACCCUGUCCCAGCAUCUCCCAUCUGCACCAAACUUCAUCCAUCCCCACUAAUAGGACUAUAGGACCCUGGGAGUUGUGGGCUCAUCGGCAUACCUGCAGAUCUGAUGAACUGGAGAAGGAAUGCUACCACCGUAAGAUUAUUUCAUGGUUUGCAGAUCAGCCACAAGCACCCUUUGGGAUCCACCAACUAGUUGAUCUUGGGCAUAAUUCAGGGAAGAAAGCUGGAGAUUGGUAUGGCCCUUCUGUUACUGCCCACAUCCUCAGGAAAGCAGUGGAUUGUUCUAUUGAAGCAGGCAAUCUGGUAAUAUAUGUUUCUCAGGAUUGCACAGUGUACAAAGGGGAUGUGGGAAACCUAGCCAGGAAGAAUAACAGCAGGACUCCAUGGGAUCCUGAGGCAGAAUGGAAAGCAGUCAUUAUCCUGGUGCCCAUGCGGCUGGGUGGAGAGACUUUUAAUCCUGCCUAUGUGGAGUGCAUCAAGGAGCUGUUGAAGUUAGAUUUCUGCAUUGGAAUUAUUGGAGGGAAACCAAAACAUUCACUGUACUUUGUCGGAUAUCAAGAUGACUUCCUGUUAUACUUGGAUCCCCAUUACUGCCAGCCUUUUGUGGAUACCACUAAGGAGAACUUUCCUGUAGAGACUUUCCACUGUAAUUAUCCUCGAAAAACAUCAUUCACGAAGUUGGAUCCCAGCUGUACUAUUGGGUUCUAUGUACGUCACAGAAUGGAAUUUGAACAUCUCUGCUUGGACUUAACUCAGAUCCUAAACUAUGCAGCUGCCAAAGAAAAAUAUCCCAUGUUCUCGGUUGUGGAGGGCUGCGCUCAGGAAUAUGGUCUGGAGGAGAUGUGUGCCCAUUUUGCCCAGCAAACCAUGCAAGUCCAACAGCAUAGUAAACGGGACAGAAUAAAGAAGCCCUCAGCUGAGGAAUUUGUCAUCUUAUGAUUGCUGGCUAGCCAGACCCACCACCUCAGACUUUUUUAUUUAUGUAGAAAUAAAGAUAUAGGCUUGAAAUAGAGCUACAUUUCUUACGUCCCAAAAAGAAAUCUGAGACAGCAGUUGUCUCUGCUUCUCUGACCUGUAGUAUUCCAGCUGUUCCCUAUGGAAGACACUGCAAAAAAAAUUACCUUGGGGUCCCUAAACCCAUAUGCAGACCUAUUCUCAUCUUCGGUUAGGCUGAAACAGAAAGCCGUGACACUGGAAUAAAGCUGCUGAAUGUAAAGAAGGACACUUAGUAUUAAAAGGACAGUCUAGAAUUUUUUUUAGAAAGGAAACAGUCAGAUGAGGUUCAUGUUGGUUAGCUUCAGAUUUUGCUGAGCACCAGCCUGAAAACAAGAGCUUCCUUUUCAUCGGCUCUGGACUUUUUCAUAGGCCUUUAAAAAGAAGGAUAAGUUGCAUUUUCAUGCAUAUGGAAGGAAAACCCUGUUUCAGUUUAAAAGUUGAGGAUUUCUUCAAACAACCAUUCAUUCAGCAACUGACUUGGGGAAAACAAGACAAGCAUAAAACGGAGUGGCCAAUAAUGUCUUUGUUCGUUUGAAUAAACAGUAUUGUCAUAACA